AUGCUCGAUAUCAUCCUCGCUAUCUCGCCGCCGUUGCCUAUUGCCUUUGUAUACUCUUUCACCGCACUCGGUGCGGCGUUCAUAUACGGCUUUCUCGGUGGGCUUGCCGUUAUCGCCGCGGCUGCCACUGUCGGCACCGUGGUCUCGAUCGCCGCCACCCGCCUGCUCCUCCGCGACUGGUUGUACGCGUCGCUGGCAGCCAAGCCGACGCUGGCGUCGAUCGUCGAGGCGCUCAACGCCCGCGGCUUUGUCCUCACAUUUGUCUUUCGCCUCGCGCCGCUGCCGUAUGGUCUUUCAAACGGCAUCCUCGCUGUCGCCCGCCUCCCGUACCCGCUCACGCUCCUUGCCGCACUCGGCGGUUCGGCGCCCAAGCAGAUCAUGCUCGCUGUUGUUGGCUCGCGGCUCUCGGCGCUGUCGGACGUCAUCUCGUCGUCGUCGUCGUCGGAUCCGCUCGAAAUCUUUGCUCUUGCUCUGCAGAUGACUGCGGCGUUGGCAACAAUGGUCGCAGUCUCGUACCUCGCCAACAAAAGCAUUGCGUCGGCGGUCCACGACUCGCAGCGGACCCGCGAUGCGGAUAAUCUCGUCGCUGUCGAGCUCGGCAACGACAUCGAUGAGCUGGGGACCGGCGAGUCGGAGGAGCUGGUGCUCGGCAGCAUUGGCUCGCUUUCACUCUCGAUAGGGGGAUAACAUGUUUAUGU